GCUCCCUUUUCAAGCGUCUCCUCUCACAUUUCCGGCAACAUGGCUACUGUAGAAUCGAUGGUUGUGGAAGAUCAGAAAGAACCAGAAAAGCCGAUUGAUAGAGAAAAGACAUGCCCACUACUCCUGAGGGUGUUUUGCAGUACAGGAAGACACAACACACUGAGCGAGUUUGCUCGGGGCCAGACACCAUCAAAUGAACUUCAAAUUUACACAUGGAUGGAUGCCACUUUGAAGGAACUAACAAGUUUGGUAAAGGAAGUCAAUCCAGAUGCUAGAAGAAAGGGAACUUUUUUUGACUUUGCCGUUGUUUAUCCUGACCCUCGUACCCCUGUUUACAGAAUGCGGGAGAUUGGCACAACAUGUGCCGGGCAUCGCGGUCAAGAUGACAGUCAUUCUUUGACCUCUAAGAGGUUUCAGAUUGGUGAUUACCUAGACAUAGCUGUUACCCCGCCCAGGGGUGGAGGUGGCCCUCCUCCUCGUCGCAAUCGUCCAUACUGAAAGAAUGUUGAUUUACGAUAAACAUUACAUUCAACAUAUUCAACAAUCUGAAUGCUUUGUAAGACUUACUUUCAUUUUGGAAUGAAUGGGCUUGUGUAAGUUUGUGAUGGAUAGCUGUACCUGCACUCCUUGGAUUUAAUUCUGGGACACAAGGGAAAGAUAUUGACCAAGUGAGAGUAAAGUGUUUUGCUUUUUACAGAACUUGUGACGGGAAAGGAAGAAGCUUCAUCAAUUAGGAACAUUUUAUUAUUGUUUUAUUGUAUGAUAACAUAGGGAGGUUGUGUGUGUGUGUAGUGUAUUGUGUAUAAUUGAGAAUAAUGUGUGUUCUGUACACAUGAUCAUACAACUAAAUAAUAAAUUUCGAAGAAUUUUAUUUAAAUCCAAGAAUUUAUUUUUUAAUUUUCAAUGAAUUUCUUUGAUAAUUUUAUUCUAAGCUGCAAGCAGAGAAAAAUAAAAAUGGUUUGUACAUAUAUAAACUUCAUAAAUGAAUCAGGAUAUUAUGUAACUAUUUCUUCAAUUAAUUUCUUUUUAUUCAGUAGGUUUUAUUGACUAUGUGGAUUUUUAAAUAAUGUCUAACCUGUUCUAAAUUAUAUGAGAAAAAUUGUAAAUUUGAAUGUGUUUCAAUUUGUCUUAUUUUAAAAAAUGAAUUAAUUCUACCAGUGGUGUGAAUUUAAAACAGCUAUGAUUACAAAUUAAUUACAUGACAUCUUUUGCAUCCUUAGCCAAUUACAAAAAACAAAACAAUUUUUGGUUUCAAGUUUUUAAAGAUACUUGCUGUGUUGACAAGAUAUUUUCUCGUGUUGUACAUGAAGCUGAAUGUUGUCUGAUUGUAAGGUGAACUUGUUUGGAGUCUGUGUAUAAGUGAUCCUAUUCAUCAUAUAUUCCAUAAGUUACACGAAAAAUAAAAGAGUAGAAAAAAAUAUA